UUCAUCGACGCCAUCGCGUGUGGAGACCAAAGGGAGCAGUCCACAGGGAGGGAGGGAAUAUUCCAUGCCACCCCUUGGCCAUGAAACAUGUGCCGCCAAGGUCAAACCAUGCCAAUUGGCAGCCGUCACCGGCGGCUCUGCUCCGCAGGCCUUCCUCGACAACGUCAUAACGCAAGCGCCGGUUCUUCCAUCCAUCGAGUUGUUAAUUUUCCACCCGCCGGAGGAAUAAUCGUACGUCUGUUGUGCUCUUUCACUGCAAAUGAACAAAACUCCCUUCCUCCUGUUUUGUUGGAAUCACAUCAACGGAAGGGCUGAUCGUCAAGGUCAAAGAAAGGCAGUUUCGAGUGCCAAAUUGCAGCUCGAUCGGCCUUGUUUGGAUGGCCCCUGAAAAAGUUUUCUCGUCCUUUGACCACGACUAAUAAUUAGAGGUAUUAAAUAAAAUCUAAUUACGAAAUCAUCUCCACAACUAUGGUACUGUAGCAAGUAUUGUAUCUAAUGAUGUCUUUGACCGUACGAUUAGGAAAUGAUUUGGCGCAAUUAUUAUAGCAUCACUGUAGCCAAUCAUGAUAUAACUUGGCUCAUUAGAUUCGUCUCGAAAAGUUACACUUAUCCGUGAAAAAGUUUCGUAAAUAAACUUUAUUUAGUACUCCAUUCAUGCAUUCGUUUUUUUGAAAAAAAUUUCGGGGUGUAAUCCAAACACAGCAGAGGCUAAACUUUCGAGUGCCACGAGACACAGCUUGGUCAGACGGCUGAAACACAGAAAGAACGUUGGUCGCUUUCUCUGUGAGAAAAAAAAACAGAGAGAGGACUUUUGGUCAACCAAGGAUCCAUGCCCCUGUGUAAUACUAAUAACGGUAACAAAGUUGCACCUGCACGUUGCUGCAGUGACAUGCCACUGUUUUGGCACGGGUGAGUGAGAUACGUGUUCCACGGAGAAGUCCAGGCGGCCAAGCCCCACAGUCCCGCGGCGAUCCAUCGCGGGCGUUGAUGCUUGAUCCAACGGCCUUCGAUCCGCCACCGCAUCCGAGAACUCGAACGGAGCAACGGAGAACUGCGCGCGCCUCAUCCCCCGCCUCUUCCCCUCCAUCCCACGAUCGCAAUGGCACGAUCCCGCCAUCUAGGGCAGGCCACCCGGCUCGCCUCCACCCUUCCUCUCCCCUUCCAAAUUUAGCUCCUCGAUCGCCUCCGGUGUCACCUCGCGUCCCACCUUCGUCCACCGCCGCCGGACGGCAGCCGGCCGGCCCGGCCGGCCGCGACCCGGAUCGGAGGGCUCGUCGACCAGCAUCGCGCGCGGCGGCGGCAUUGAUCGAUCCCGGCGGCCGAUCGACCCAGGGGAGCAUGGACGACCUGAGGGCGAGCCUGGCGCGGCCGAUCCAGCUGGCGGAGCAGCUGAUCAAGUGGGCGGACGAGGCGCAGGCGUGCCGGUCCGAGUGCCAGGACAUCAGGUCCCGGAUCGAGCGCCUCUCCACGCUGCUCCGCCAGGCGGCGCGCGCCGAGCUCUACGAGCGCCCCGCGCGCCGCAUCCUCGCGGACACGGACAGGGCGCUCGACAAGGCCGCCGCGCUGCUCGAGCGCUGCUGCGGCCGCGGCAUCCUCCACCGCGUCCUCACCAUCAUCCCCGCGGGCUCCUUCAGGAAGGCCGCCCACCUGCUCGACAACUCGCUCGGGGACCUCACCUGGAUCCUCCGCGUCUCCAGCCACGCCGCCGCCGCCGCCUCCUCCGAGGACGACGACGACGAGGACGACGACGACCACCACAUCGGCCUGCCCCCCAUCGCGCAGAACGAGCCCAUCCUCUUCCUCAUCUGGGAGCAGAUCGCCGUGCUGCAGUACGGCGGCCUCGAGGCCCGCGCCGACGCCGCCGCCAGCGUCGUCUCCCUCGCGCGUGACAACGACCGCUACGGCAGGCUCAUCAUCGAGGAGGACGGCGUCCCGCCGCUGCUGCGCCUCAUCAAGGAGGGCCGCGCCGACGCGCAGGAGAGCGCCGCGCUCGCCAUCGGCCUCCUCGCCCGCGACCCCGAGUGCGUCGACCUCAUGAUCCUCGCCGGCGUCUGCACCUCCUUCGUCAAGAUCCUCAAGGACGCGCCCAUGAAGGUGCAGGGCAUGGUGGCCUGGGCCGUCUCCGAGCUCGCCGCCAACCACCCCAAGUGCCAGGACGCGUUCCUGCAGCACAACGUCAUCCGCCUCCUCGUCGCCCACCUCGCCUUCGAGACGGUGCAGGAGCACUCCAAGUACGCCGUCGCCUCCAAGAUGUCCAUCCACGCCGUGGUCAUGGACAAGAAGACCAACAAUGACAGCACCACAAGCAGCUCGCAGGAGCCGCCCGACGCCGCCGGGGUGCAAGCCACCACCGCCAGCGCGGCCAAGCCCACCGUGGGCGCAGGGGGCGCGGCAGGCGCCGGCAGGGCCGUACCGGCAAAUUCGGGGGCCCUGUAUACGGGCCUGGGCGCCGGCUCGAGCGCGGCGGCUCCCGGCCCCAGCGCCGCCAGACCCGCCGGCGGCUUCGCCGGGACGAGGAUGCACAACGCGUCCAUGUCGGCGACGAGCACGCGGGGCAGGGAGUACGAGGUCCCGGAGAUCAAGGCCUACCUCAAGUCCCACGCCGCCAGAGCGCUGGGCACGCUGGCCACGGGCAACCCCGCCAUCUGCAAGAACAUCACCGAGUCUCGGGCGCUGCUCUGCUUCUCGAUCCUCCUCGAGAAGGCCACGGGCGACGUGCAGUACAACUCGGCGAUGGCCCUCGUGGAGAUCUGCCGCGUCGCCGAGCAACACCCCGAGCUCCGGCGGUCGGCGUUCAAGCCGACGUCCCCGUCGGCGCGCGCCGUGGUGGACCAGCUCCUCCGCGUCGUGGACAAGGCCGACUACGACGACCUCCUCGUACCCUGCAUCACCUGCCUGGGGUGCCUCUCGAGAACGUUCCGCGCGACGGAGAAGAGGGUCAUCGGGCCGCUCGUCAGGCUGCUCGACGAGCGGGAGUCCGAGGUGACCCUGGAGGCGGCGUCGGCGCUAACCAAGUUCGCGUCCACGGACAACUACCUGCACGUCGACCACUGCACGGCGAUCAUCGCCCACGGCGGCGCCAAGCACCUGGUCCAGCACGUCUACUUCGGCGAGCAGGGGGUCCAGACGGCGGCGCUCAUCCUCGUCUGCUUCCUCGCGCACAACGUCCCGGACAGCGACGAGCUCGCGCAGGCCGAGAUCCUGACGGUGCUCGAUUGGGGCUUGAAGCAAGGCUACAUGUCGCAGGAUCCCUUGAUCGAGAGCUUGCUGCCCGAGGCCAAGAUUAGGAUGGAGCUCUACCAGUCCAGAGUAGCAAAAGCAGGGUACUAUUGAUCAAAGGGAACAGUUUUGUUGCAGAGAGAGAGGCAAUGCAUGUUACCAGGACAACGAACGGAAUUGCCUACUCUUGUUCACAUCAGCUGACUACUGUAUAUAUAUAGAUUCAGGUAACUUCAUGCAUUCACAGUUUUGUUCUGUAUGUUCUUUAUGCUCUUUCUCAACUUGCUUGUAUCUCAUUUGGUGGUCAACAGUGCAUAGCUAGCCCCUUUUAGGGGAGAUCAUUAGCCCUUGAUACUAACUGGAGUCAGUCAGUAAGCUUUUGUUAGAGGAUAUGAGAAGUUUUGUAGGCUUAAUUUGAUGUUUGCCCUUAAGUUUUUACUGUAUCUCUUUUGGUGAUGAACAGAAGUACAGCCCCUUUCCGGGGGAGAUUAGCAUAUUGUACUCUGACUCGAUGUAUAUUAGGUCUUCAUUUACUGAGAAGAAUUUAUUUGACUCCAAUAAUGUUGUUUCUUAUCUGAA